UAAAACAUGGAUGUUACUGACAGAGCAACUGGAGGUGUUCGUCUUCGUGAUCAAUUGGCUGAGCAAUGUCAAAAAUUAUUUCAAGAGUUUCUUGAAGACUUUAAAGCUGAUGGUGAAAACAAGUACUUGAAUGAAGUACAAGAACUGAUACAUCCAGAAAGAAAUACUUUAUCUGUUAGUUUUAAUGAUAUUGAAAGUCACAACUCAAGACUUAGCACCAUUAUUCAAGAACAAUACUACAGGGUUUAUCCUUACUUGUGCAAUGCAGUACGGAACUUUACUCAUGACAGAUUUUCAAGUGAUAAUGAACAAAUUCCAAGUGGAAAGGAUUUUUAUGUUAGCAUAACUGAACUACCUACUCGGCACAAAAUUCGUGAGCUGACUGCCCAAAAGAUUGGAACUCUACUUCGAAUAACGGGACAAGUGGUUAGAACGCAUCCUGUUCAUCCUGAACUUGUUAGUGGUACAUUUACAUGCCUCGACUGUCAAACAGUUGUAAAAGAUGUUGAGCAGCAGUUCAAGUACACACAGCCAACAGUGUGUAGAAAUCCAGUUUGUCAAAAUCGAUUGAGAUUUAUGUUGGAUGUAAAUAAGUCAAAGUUUGUUGAUUUCCAAAAAGUUCGAAUUCAAGAAACACAAGCUGAAUUACCUCGUGGCUGUAUUCCAAGGAGUUUGGAAGUUGUGCUCAGAGCUGAGACGGUUGAACAGGCACAAGCUGGUGAUAAAUGUGAUUUUAUUGGCACACUAAUCGUUGUUCCUGAUGUUUCAAAGUUACAGUUUCCAGGUGCUCGAACCGAGAGCGAAAGACCUUCUGGUGAAGGAUUUAAUGCUGAAGGUGUGAGUGGCUUGAAGGCGCUCGGAGUUCGUGAUCUCUCUUACAGACUUGCGUUUCUUGCCUGCAGUGUCGAGUCUACAAAUCCUAGGUUUGGCGGGAAAGAUAUAGAAGGCGAGAUGACCGCUGAGACGAUCAAAAAACAAAUGACCGAACAUGAGUGGGAAACGAUUUAUAAUAUGACAAAAGAUAAAAAUCUUUAUCAGAAUUUAAUAAACAGCAUAUUCCCUACCAUUCACGGUAAUGAUGAAGUCAAACGUGGGAUUUUGUUGAUGUUGUUUGGAGGUGUUCCUAAAACUACUCGUGAAGGAACGACUCUCCGUGGUGAUAUCAAUGUAUGUGUUGUUGGUGAUCCCAGCACUGCUAAAAGUCAAUUUUUAAAGCAAGUGGAGGAAUUCAGUCCUAGAGCAGUUUAUACUUCGGGCAAGGCGUCUAGUGCAGCUGGUCUCACUGCGGCUGUUGUCAAAGACGAAGAAUCGCAUGAAUUUGUUAUAGAAGCUGGAGCUCUCAUGUUGGCUGACAAUGGCGUUUGCUGUAUUGACGAAUUUGAUAAAAUGGAUAUCAGAGAUCAAGUUGCAAUACACGAAGCCAUGGAACAACAAACUAUUUCUAUAACAAAAGCUGGUAUAAAGGCAACUCUUAACGCUAGAACAUCAAUUCUCGCUGCGGCAAAUCCUAUUGGUGGUCGAUAUGAUCGAACUAAAUCGUUGAAGAACAAUCUCAACUUAUCAGCACCCAUAAUGUCUCGAUUUGACUUGUUCUUUAUCCUUGUUGAUGAUUGUAAUGAGGUAACAGACUAUGCGAUAGCUCGACGUAUUGUUGAUUUACACAGUCAUAGAGAUGAAUCUGUCGAAAGAGUUUACAGUGUGGAGGAUAUUCAAAGAUACAUGAUGUUUGCGAGACAGUUUAAACCGAUGAUAAGUAAAGAAGCUCAAGAAUUUUUCGUUGAACAGUAUAAACAUUUAAGGCAAAGAGAUACGUCAGGUGUGGCAAAAACGUCUUGGAGAAUAACUGUUCGCCAACUUGAAAGUAUGAUUCGUCUUUCAGAAGCUAUGGCAAGAAUGUUUUGUCAAGAUAUGGUGCAACCAAAACAUGUUAAGGAAGCAUUUAGAUUAUUAAACAAAUCCAUCAUUCGAGUAGAAACUCCAGAUAUUCAGUUUGACGAAGAAGAUGAGCAACAAGAAGGUAUGAACGAGGAUGAAAAUGACGUUACUCCAGCAGAAAAUGGUUUGAUCAAUGGUCAUGGUGAUGCCAGUGGCACAUCAAAAUCAAGAGUUCGUUUGUCCUAUGAAGACUAUAGACAAAUGGCAAAUCUAAUUGUUAUUCAUAUCAGAGAAGAAGAGGAGAAAAAAGAAGAUGGAGAGAGCUUACGAAGAAGUGAAGUUGUUAAUUGGUAUCUAAAGGAGCUCGAAAGUGAAAUCGAAACAGAGGAAGAAUUGGCUCACCAAAAAUUCAUUGUUGAUAAAGUUCUUGAUCGACUCAUUCAUCACGAUCACGUCAUCUUAUCUUUGCAACAUCAAGAAACAGAGGAAACUGGAUCUGAGGAAGCUGAUCCAUUACUAGUUGUUCAUCCAAAUUAUGUAAUGGAAUGAGGCCCUUCGUAUACAUAUUGAUUGUCAAGCAUUAUGCGACAUCAAUUUACACUUAAAACCUUAAGACCAUGUUUUUUUAACUUGUUUUCGUAUGCUGGCUGGCAAGUUAAUCAUAAGUUUUAUUGCAGUUCAGUGUAAAGUUCCACAAAACAAAUCAAUUAUACUUAAUGCUAAAUCUA